AUGGCAUCCUUCGUAAAUAUGUCUGGUACUCCUAACAAAACUCCUGGCUUUGACCACCUGAACGCACACUUGGCUGAGCCAGAAAACAACGUUUACAACUUCGGGUUAGUCCCCCUUGAAAUGAUCACAGGUAGGGUCCCUUACUCUCUGUAUGAUGGAUCAGUUGAGGUUUGGGCAUAUGAUUUCUUGAGGAGCAAGCUAUCCCUUGGAGAACUGUUGGAUCCUACUCUCAAAUCCUUCCAAGAGGAUAAGCUUGAGGAAAUUGGUGAAGUAACCAAAUCUUGUAUGGAACUUGGCCCCAAACAGAGACCAGCAAUGAGAAAAGUCACUGUGAGAUUGAGAGAGAGAACUGCAAUAGGACCCGAUGGAGCAAUUCCGAGACUCUCACCUCUUUGGUGGGCUGAGCUUGAAAUUCUGUCUGAUACAAAGGUAAGAGUAAACAAAAGAGACAAGUUAAAAUGGUAA